UGGUGGGGGCCGAGGGGGUGGUGAUGUGGCCGAACAGCCUGGGCGGUACUUCCGGUUGCAGCGGAGGCGCCGGCGCCACCGAUCUCGGGGGCCUCGCCGCCUCCACCACCUCGGCCUCCGAUCUUUUCGGGCCCGCCGCGUUUGGCGCGUCCGCGGCCGGGCCCUACGGUGCCCUCAAGACCAACCCUUACGUCAGUGCCCUCGGUAUGCCCCCGAUCGAGGCUCUUCACACCACUAUUGGCUACCCCGGUUGUACUCCUGCUGGUGAGUCCUACUACUGUAAUCCAAGGAAGCAACGAAGGGAGCGAACAACCUUUACCAAAGCGCAGUUGGACGUUCUCAACGGACUUUUCUCCAAGACCAAAUAUCCGGACAUUUUUAUGCGAGAAGAAGUGGCGAUGAAGAUCAAUCUUCCGGAGUCGAGAGUGCAGGUGUGGUUCAAGAAUCGCAGAGCCAAAUGCAGACAGCAACAGAAGCAGCAGCAACAGCAACAGGACAAGGCACCGAGGUCGAAGAAACCCUCGGGAAAUCCGACCAACAAUCCGCCCUCUGGAAAAAGUCCUUCGAUUGCUACCACGCCCACGCCUGCCGCCGCGGUGCCUGCCACAACACCCCUAAGCGGAGGUACAGGUGGUUCGGCGGCCAGCUCUCCAGCUCUUCUCCGGGAUUCCCCUCAGUACAAACCAGCGGGAAGUCUACUGUUGGCAGCCAGCACGACUCCUCCGAGCUUAGGUGGAACGGUGUAUAGUAGCGGCGGUAGCAGCAGUAGUAUUUGGAGCCCGGCCGUGACGGAAAGCGGCGGGGGAUUCCCGGGUGACCAUCAGAGGUUAGCGUGGACAACAACCACCUCCCAGCAACAGUGCUAUCAAAACUAUUCUUCUUAUUACACUAAUAUGGACUAUCUGUCUCCUGCUACGCAUCAAUUGAACGUCGUGGAUGGAGGAGGAAGCGGUUUGGACAACACGUGGAGUAAAACGAGGGACGAAAGUGCAUCCUCCUGGUUUUACAACAGCGCAGGCUGGGGCGAUCGGAAGUGAACCUGAAAGUCGCUGAUUGAUGCAAAACAUCAAGGCUUCGGUACAUAUCAUCGACAAUAGAUAAACGAACUUUGUGUCGCUGAUUAAGCGGCGUGGAACGCGGCCAAAGACAGUCUUCUUCGUGUUAAGAGACAUAUCGUUGCGCGACGAAUGCUCGUGUUAUCGACUUUUCGCUGCGUGAUCAUCGAGUGUUAUAUCCGUUUCCUUGCGUUCAACGGAAUCGAGCCGUGAAAUUGUAUUUUAUCCAAGUAUUCGUUUCGAGAAAACGAUAGCGACCGGUGCGAUGUUUCGACGUAUUAAACGUCCGGUUUCCUUAUCGCGAGAUAUUUUAACGAGAUAUUUUAACUAAAAGAGAAGAAUACUUCUGUUUCCGGUCAAACUGUCGAAUCAUCGCGGAAUAUUCUUUAUUUCGUUUAAUCGUUUCGUCUAUCACUUAUUUCGAUGUCAUCGAGUAACAAUCUGUAAUUUAUAUCCGUGCUUCGCUAAAAAACAAUAUGCACCAUAAAAAUUGUAAACUUUCGUUCCAUAUGACAAAGGACAAAUGAAAUGUUCUCGAAGAGACGGCUGAUUAAACGACUGGAAACGAUGAAGCAAGUUUCCAUUUGUCCUGACGUAACAGUCGAAAAUUUACGCUUUCCACGACGUGUUUAGGAAAGAUUUGUAGAGUACAUCGCACUCGCCGGAACGAAUUAAAACUCGAAGCGUUCGAUUUAGUUUACCUCCGUUCAUUGAAACGUGCAAUCCUAUUCGUUGUCGCGAAAUAUUCACUCGUUACUGACGCUAGUCAUCUCGAUGAAAGGGAAAAUCGAUGGAAAUAUUUCUGGUAAAUAAAUGAUUUUAAAGAGGAGGAGAACAAAUUCGUACAUUUGGUAUUACGUUAGUUCGUGUUUCGUUCGGCGUUUAGUCAGUGUUACGCGUGAUAUCGUUCGCAUAUCGAGAACGCGUCGUAUCCCGCGAACGUUUCCUACUGUCACGCAUCUUUUUUGUAAUUAAUACAUCGUGACGAUGCAACGUUCAUCGAAAGAUCACUUCUCUUAAUAUCGAGAACACUGAUGUAUAUAAUAUAAAUAGCCCUGCGUUGUUCGGAGAAUGUAGUUAGUUGGAAUUUGCAGGAAGCAACGAGAGAAACGGUAGAUCCUUUUUGCUAUCUUCGUUAAGGAUAUCCCAAGAAAAAUUAUGUACGUACGCGUUUGUGCGUGCACGGAUAUGUAUCAUGUACAUACUAAGCAUGAGUUGUACGCGUAUACAGGCCGAGUUCAAAGUAAUUAGUCGCAGUUUAGAAUUGUUCCAAAGGAUUCGAAGGAACAAACGUUUCGAACGAUAGUCCACCGAUUUCUACAUCAUAUUUUUGGAGCUUUAUUUGAAAAAUAUGGAACCUACCUCGAAUACGUUUUUUUUUUGACAAUUAUUCGUACAGAUCAUGUUAUCUAUACGCUUAUAGCGCAUGAAAAGACGAUUUCUUUUCAGAAAACUCAAGUUGGUGAAAGGAUUACAGUGAUCGGUUUUUGAAUCAUCCUGUAUACGAGAACAUGCCGAUUAUUUAUGUACAUAUGUACCAUUUUUCCAACGCAUUUUCUGAAUCGGGUGAAAAUAAUCGAACAAACGCCUGGACGUUUGUUUCGUUAAUCGCGACGAAAGUUGAUUCGAUACCUUUGAACUUCGAAACUAAACAAUUGUUCCAAUAAAUCGAAAUAAUUGUUUCUGAUAACACGUCAGUCGAUCAGCUUUAUUCAUCGAAUGGUAUCUAUGAAUCGUAUCGUGGGUCUCGAAUCAAAGAUCGUACAAUUGGACGCGCGAUCAAAACCGAAAACGUUGAUCGAUCGUUUACAUUUAUGGACUUGUACAUAGGAGAACUCGCACCCGUGCUCGAGAUGGGUUGUUCGGUUUCUCUUUUCGUUAAAUAAAAGACAUCUCCGCAGAUGCGAAACUUGGAUUCAGCGUACACGAUAGAAAAGACGAAGAGAAACAUCAAUAUGUAAAGCGAGAAAAGUAUAUAGUUUAAAUGUAGAGAUGUAAGUAACGUGACUGUUUAGAUUGUUAUUAUAAAAUGCUAUCGAUAACGAUACUACGACUACCGAGGGAGAGAACAACGACGUACGUGUCAUAAGAUGUAUGAAAUAAUAUAUCAAACUUGAAUUGUA